AAAUUUGACAUUACUCUGUUUUAUUAUUCCACACGCUCUGUUCCUCAAUUAGCUUUCACCCUCAAAAUUCCAUCGAACCAAAGCAGUCUUAUUCAAUUCUAAGACUAACCCAUUUUUAAUUCACUGCAUAUUUCUUCGAUUUCUUUAAUUUCUCGGCCGAUCAAAAAGGUUUUUGUGUUCUGUGGCUUCCUCUUAUAUUAAUUCAAGAAAGUCUCUGUUUUAUCGCACAAUGGCAAGCAAUUCAGCUAAACCACAAUCAGUUCAUGAUUUCACUGUUAAGGAUGCUAAGGGGAAUGACGUCGAUUUAAGCAUUUACAAGGGAAAAGUCCUGUUGAUUGUCAAUGUUGCAUCACAGUGUGGCCUUACCAAUUCAAAUUACACGGAUCUAACAAAGCUUUAUGAGAAGUACAAGGAUCAAGGUUUUGAGAUUCUGGCAUUUCCAUGCAAUCAGUUUGGCUCACAAGAACCUGGCACUAAUGAAGAAAUUCAACAAUUUGCUUGCACCCGAUUUAAGGCUGAGUAUCCCAUAUUUGACAAGGUCGAUGUAAAUGGUUCCAAUGCUGCUCCACUGUACAAGUUCCUGAAGUCGAGCAAAGGUGGUUUCUUGGGUGACAGUGUCAAAUGGAACUUCUCCAAAUUUCUUGUCGACAAAGAGGGGUGUGUUGUUGAUCGUUAUGCUCCCACCACAUCUCCCCUUAGCAUCGAGAAGGAUAUAAAGAAGCUGCUUGAAAAGGCUUGAGCAUUAGAGUCAUCUUAUUGUGCCUUUCGGUUAAUAGUAAUAAACAUCCUGAUGAGGAUUUCUACAUCAAUAAGUAUUACAAUCAUCAUGUUUUCCAUGUUAUCGUGUUCAAAACUUCCAUUCUGUGUUUCGUUAAGAGUGUUAUCUAUGUAACAGCUUGGGUUUUAUAAAUGGGCAAGGCUACUUGUAAACCCAAAUAUGUACACCUAUGUGUCAAAAAUGUAGUAAAGAUCAAUAUACCAAAAUCUGCCAAUUCAGAGAGGUGUAAACCAUUGUGUACAUGUAACACAACCCUAUAUGAAAAGUGUUGUUCUAUUUGUAUGGUACAUAAAAGUACUUGCCGUUGGAGGUGAAAA